AUGUCCAUCACUUAUGAGUGCGGUAUAUGGCGACACGUCUGGAAUAAAGUUAUACUUUUUGUCGAAAAUAAAGUCGUGAUGUUGUUGUUGCUGUUCACUUUUCGAUAUUUCGAACUCGCCUUAUUUCAUGUAUACAAUAAGCAAAAACGUGGAAUCGAACCGAAGGCUGCAAAGAAUCCCUGAACAUCCUGGUCAAAUAACAUAAAAACGACAUCAAGUGCACCCGAUCCCUAGUCCAUUUUUAUGUCUUUACGGCAGUCCGAUAUCCGUUUUUCGAUUGUCUUGUCUUUCAUUUCUUUACGCACAUAAAAAAAGUGCGAUGACAAACCGAAUUGAGACAUUUUAUAGGUGACGUUUCGCCUUUCGCUUUCUCCAAACUUUCCUCCCGACAAUGCCCAUAUAAAAAGGCGCGUGAGGCUUGGAAAACAUUGCAUUAACAAAUUUGGGUCUUCUUUUAGUCGCUACCUCCAUUACCAUCUACUUCAUCCUGUUCAAUGUCAACUUCUUCUUCUUCUUAUUCAUCGGCCACAAGCCGAGUUCUCAUCGGCUCCCUGACAGUUUCAUGUCUAACCUUUCUGGUUUCCCUCUCCGCAAUCGCACUUCUUCUCCGUGAUGUCAACUCUCUUUUCGGAGAGCUCGAGUUCGAAAUGGUUCGGCUAAAGGUUCGCAUACGAUCGAUGUUUCGCUUUCUCUCAUCAAAAAUUCAAAACCUUUUCAGUACGACACAAACAUUGCGUGGUCUGACAUGGUGCAUCUGCGGCAAGAAGUCGUUGAAAUCGAUAGAAUACGAAGGGAUUUGAUGCAGAAGAAGGCCGAUUAUUCUGGAUAUCGUAUAGUUGAAAUCUGAAGGCGCACAGUUAAGCUUAUUUCAGAAGCGCAAGUGACUGUGGCCGAGUUUGCGAACGACGGCUCCGGAGAGUUCCCGGACGAGACUUUGGUUCUAGAGAGAAGGGAGCCAAUGAUGCCGAGCUUUGGUCCCAGAUGCUCUUGCUUCACAUCUCAAUCGUGUCCGUCUGGUCCGGCGGGACCUGUUGGAGAACAAGGCGUUGACGGGGAGGACGGAGGAGAUGGCAUUGACGGAUACGAUGGGUUUGACGCUCAUCCGAGUCCACCGCCGCGACGAUCGAAAGCUCCGUUCACGUGCCCGCGAGGACCGCCAGGAGACUCUGGUCCAGAAGGUCCACGUGGCAAACGAGGACUUCGUGGCCCACGCGGACGCCCGGGCCGACCAGGAAUCAACGGAAAUCCGGGCUUCCCGGGAGACAUUGGCGCGCCAGGACAGCCGGGAACCGACGGAAUUGUGGGCGAGCGUGGAGUGAACGGCGUGGACGGAGUCACCUAUAUUCCGCGGCGAGGAGUAAAGGGAGCCAUGGGACAGCCGGGAAACGAAGGGCAGCCAGGCAAGAAGGGCAAGCCCGGAUUGCCGGGAACGCCGGGAAUCCAGGGAUACGUGGGGCUGACCGGUUUGCGAGGAAUCGAGGGAACCGGAGGCCCGCAAGGACCGCCCGGACCACAUGGAACGCCUGGAAGUGACGCGGCGGUGAGUAGUAGUGCUCAAACAUCUGACACGAUACUUUCCCGUUCAUUUCGGUCUGUUUACAAAACAUACCAAGUUAGACUGAUGUUUGAAGUGCUAGAGUUCUUUAUUUCAGUACUGUCAAUGUCCUGAUCGUGGUGAGACAAAGGUCGACGAAGUGCAAGGAUCCGGAGAGGCUCGUCUAAUCGAUAACUAG